AUGGAAGUGCAAACUGAUACCUGGGACUUGUUGAUUGUCUACUUGGUCGUAUCAAAGUUGGAUACUGAGUCUAUGAGACAGUGGGAACAGCAUCUAAGCGGAAGCAGCAUUGAAUUGCCUACCUGGUCGGAACUGCGAGACUUUCUAGAAGCUAGAUUCAGAUCAUUAGAGAUGAUAGACAAUAAUAAGAUCACUACGCAGAGGACAAGUCAACCUAAACCUAUUGUGAAACCUAAGACCUUCCAUACUAACAUGAACAGAGACGUGAAAACACACGACAUCAAGUGUGCAAUGUGCAGCGGAGAGCACUACAUCUACAAUUGCAAGAAAUUCGGAGAGAUGCCUACUAACGAGAGACAGAACUUCGUGCAGUCCAACAAGCUAUGCUUCAACUGCCUCGCGCCGUCCCACUCGGUGCUGAGGUGCCGGCAGGCGGCGUGCUGCAGGCGCUGCGGGCGGCGCCACCACUCACUCCUGCACUUCGAGCGAGAGCAGAACACGGAGAAGCCCACUGAGAGUCAAACUACGAGUACAUCUACAGGUAUUUCGAGCGAGUCGUCGUCGAGAGGGAGAAUCGACAUUCUACUUGGAGCGGAGAUCUACAGCGACGUUCUACUGGACGGCGUCAUCAAACAUCCAAAAGGUAACUUACUGGCACAGAAUACUAUUCUAGGUUGGGUGUUAUCUGGAAGGAUGUCUCGAGAACCAAUCACCGCGCAGAGAAACAUCACAAGCUUGCAUGUUCAUGUUAAAGAAGAUGAGAUGCUGAAGCUAUUUUGGGAGUUAGAAAACGAGCCUAACAAAAUAGAAAAGAGAUUGUCAAGAGAAGAAGAAAAUUGUGAAGAGUUCUACAAUGCUACAACAGUUAGAGACGAGGAAGGAAGGUAUGUAGUAAAGCUUCCAUUUAAAAGCGAGAACCCAGAGUGUCAAAAUGGUCGAUUGAGAGAAGUAGCUGCCAAGAGAUUAGAGUACUUAGAGAGAAAGCUCACAAAAAACACUAAACUUCGCGAAGAAUAUCAUAAGGUAAUGGAUGAAUAUAUAAAAUUAGAGCAUAUGGUUCCAGUGCAAGCAGCUGAUAUCGGCAAUCCUAAAGCAGUGUAUCUUCCUCAUCAUGCUGUCCUGAGGGAUGACAAAGACACAACAAAAGUUCGAGUUGUUUUCGACGCAUCGUGUAAAGGUGUGAAUAACAAAUCGCUCAAUGAUGAUCUCCUAGUAGGUCCUAAAUUACAACAAGACUUACGACACAUCUUGAUGCGGUGGAGAACACACAAAAUCUGUAUAACUGCAGACAUUGUCAAAAUGUAUCGAAUGGUACGCGUAGCUGAUGAAGAUACUCACUUCCAGAGAAUAUUGUGGAGAGAUGCACCAGAUAAGCCGAUUGAACACUACAGACUUUUGAGGCUAACAUUCGGGACUGCUUGUGCACCUUAUCUUGCUGUGAAAUCUCUACAAAGGCUAGCAGAUGACGAGAAACAUAAAUAUCCACUCGCUGCAAAGAUAACGAAGACGGAUUUCUACAUCGAUGACCUUUUGACAGGAUGCGACACUGAAGAAGAAGCAUUAACAAUCUACAAUGAUAUGAACGACUUAAUGAGAGCAGGUGGGUUCGACCUUCAAAAAUGGAGUAGCAACAAUGAGAACGUGAUGAAAUACAUAAGUGAAAACAAGCGAGCUGAUCAAGAAGUUCCCCUCAAGGUCAACAGUUUGGUGAAAAUACUAGGAGUGUGUUGGAAUCGAGAUACAGAUAGUUUUGAAUACACAUUGAAUAUGUUAGAGCCGAGACAGCCGAUUACCAAACGUCAUAUUCUUUCUGAGGUAGCCCAACUGUACGACCCUGAAGGAUGGAUUGCGCCUGUCGUCGUUGUGGCGAAAAUGAUCAUACAGAAGUUAUGGAAGACAGGCCUAGACUGGGAUGAUUCUGUAGAGGGUGAGCUACUUGAAGAGUGGUUAACUUACAGACAAGAUUUGAACAACAUCAAACACAUCACGAUACCAAGGUGGUCACACAACUCCACUACGUCGAAGACGGAGUUACAUGUGUUCGCAGACGCUUCCCAGGCAGCUUAUGGAGCAGUAGUUUAUAUCCGAGUCAUUGAAAACGAAAACGUUUAUGUGAGCCUCAUUACUGCCAAAACCAAAGUUGCGCCUGUGGAAAAGCAAAUUUCUAUUCCUCGACUAGAGUUAUGCGGCGCAGCUAUGGCAGCUGCACUAAUCUCAGAAGUAUCUCAGGUAUUGAACAUCAAUAAGGAAAAUCUGCACGCGUGGACAGACUCAACCAUCGUCUUGGCAUGGUUGAAAGGUGGAGCAAGUAGAUGGAGCACAUUCGUGAGCAACCGAGUGUCCACUAUACUCAACAUAUUAGACUACGAGCAGUGGGGUCAUGUUGCUACAGACAUGAACCCAGCAGACUAUGCCUCAAGAGGAUUACCAGCUUCACAAUUAUCGAGUCAGUCAUUAUGGUGGAGCGGUCCCGCUUGGCUAUCUGAAAACGACAUUAAUGUCAGCACACCAGACAUUGAAGAUACUCAUGAAGAAGAGAAAGUGAAGACUUUAACCGCUUUGAUAAACACAGAAGAUGAGCUAAUUUGGACAAAGUUUUCAAACUUACAGAGAAUGUUGAGAGUUAUUUCUUAUUGCAGAAGAUGGCUGAACUUAAAAGAAGCUAAAGAGAAACGCGAGAAACAUACACAAUUUAUAACAGCAGAAGAAAUAAAACAAACGUUGGAAAGUUGUAUAAAACAAGCACAAGAGAUAGAAUUCAAAGACGAGAUAAAGCAGUUAAAGUCUGAAGGAAGUGUCCCCAAAAAGAGUAAACUCCGUAAUCUUUGCCCCCUUCUUGAUGAAAGUGGCAUAUUAAGAGUCGGCGGUCGUAUCCAACAAUCGCAUACGGACUAUGACACACAGCAUCCUAUAAUAUUACCUGCUACGAGUCAUCUUAGCAGACUAAUUAUUGUAGAUGCCCACCAGAAGACAAUGCACGGAGGACCCCAACUAAUGCUGAAUUAUUUGAGGUCUAAAUUCUGGAUCAUGCGAGCGAGGGACCUAUCAAAGAAGUGUUAUCGAGAGUGUGUAACGUGCAUCCGAUAUUCUGUCAAGAAUACAACUCAAAUAAUGGGACAGUUGCCAGAAGUGAGACUGAAACCCAACAGACCCUUCAAGUGUGAAGCUGUCAGUUUGCCGUUGGAAAUGCUAGCGUCGUCGUCAACUUUCGCCACGUCAGUGCACACAUUAGGCACUGGUAUCGGUAAGCUGUAUAAUGAAGUGGGUCUAGUAAGCCUCGCCUAG